UAGAAGUCACUACUACUCAGUCAGCGGCGUACAUGCCUGCCAGUCAGUCACAUUAAAACUCGUGCCCGUGGAAGCUACGAGGACUAGGGAGAGCGAGUGCGAGUUUUACGCGCUCUCGGGCGUUCCUUUCGACUGAAAGUUUUUGUUAUGGUGACGUUUGCUUUCGAAUUGAGCAGUUUUCUCUAAUGCCAUAAGGGAACUCCCUUCGGUGACGACUAAAACAGUGACUAUAUUAAGAGGCUUUCUGAUUUUCUAUUCGAAAUGGGGAGGACUCUAACGUUCGCGGUGGCGCUAAGCCUCAUGUAUGCCCUGGUGGUAUCAGGGGAGGGCAUCAUGGGGCGCUUGAACUGGUGCAAAACCCUUUGCAUGUGUAGAGAUGCGACGCACGUGGAGGUCAAAUGUUUUGGACGCGGUGACAUCUAUCAGUUGCUUGACUUCAAAAAGAUUCAGGUGAUUAGGCUCGAAAGGGCAAAUUGGCAAUUAGAGAACCAAGUGCUGUGGUGUAAUGAUACCUGUCUGUGUCACCAGCAUGACAACCAGAAGAUAUUCAAGUGUGUGGAAGAAGACGUCCUCAAGCAGUUCAUCUCAGACAAGGUCGGCGACGAGUAUUUCUACGAGGAAGACGACGGCGACGCUGAAGAACUACCGCAGGACGUCGCGGCUGAGGAGGAGGAGGAACGAGAAACGGAACAGCGUCGGCGACAAGAAGAGAGGAGGAAGAACAGAGGAAAGAACCGAAAGCAAAGGAAGCGCGUCAAGAGCAAACAGGAACUAGCAACGACCACCACUACAGUCGCGACCACUUCCACAACGGCAUCACCAACGACCACUGAGAUCAUGGAAAUAUGGUCCACUCUUCCAACGGAAGUUGUUUCUACCACAACCCAAGAGCCUGUCGAAGCAGAUCACCACCGUGGUUGGUUCUGGCAGGAGCCUUCCUCUGCACCCUCAGUCCAUACUUCCGACCUGAUGCCCCCGUCGCCCGCCCUAGGAACGAUGGAUGAUAGUGACGAACUAUCGUUUCCUACACCUGAGCCUACGAUCUACGUGGCCAUUCAGGACCCGCUAGAAGAAGAAUACCCUAAGGAGGAGGAAGAGGAUGAGAUGGACGAUUAUGUCAUAGAAGACUACGCGGUAGAAUCUGGGCUCCUCCCGAAGCAGGAAGCCGUGGCUGCAAGCCCUGCAGUGACGGCCAUGCAACCACCAACGCGCCGUCAGCCUUUCCCUCCUACAACUAGUUCUCAUAAUGCCAGAGGAGAAGUGGAAACGCUGACGCCCAAAGUGUCGGCAGUCAAGGAAGUCCCAGUCCAGAGGAAGACGGUGGCUUCCGAAGUGUCGCAAGAUCUGGACGAACUGGAAAACGCCGUCAUGGAUAUCAAGAGUGACGUCGUUCUCAAUCAACGCAUUCUCUUGGUGACAGUUGUUGUCGCUGGCAUUGCUAUGCUCGGAGUAAUAGUGCUCGCCAUUCACAACUGCCUGGCAAGCAAGCGACAAGCAGCUACUGAAGAAAGACGGGGGGCCAAAGAACCCCCAAAAGAAGACAACCACGUCACAAAGGUCAACCUGGAAGAAGCAUGGUGACUAGGUGUGAGGUCAUCGCCAACCAGCCAAUGGGAAAGCAGGGAUUCGUCCGGCGCUGUCAUCUCCAGCCAAUGGGAGACGCCAACAGACGCCAUUAACAACCAAGACGACGGAGAUGAAGAGAUACCCAACAGGAACACGAGUUGGGAGGAAUCCACAGCUUUCAGGGAGCUGUCGGUAGCCAACGGAAAAUACAGGAUUUGUAGGGUAUAAUUUUCCUCCAUAGGCGAAAAGCAGGGAUGGCAGAAUUAACAUUCCGCCCUUGAAAGGGUGACCAGACCCUCCCUACCAUGUGUUGCAAACCCCCUCCAAGUACUUCCAAACUCCCCAGGAAUAAACGUCCCUAUUGACGGUUUCUUUUCCAAAUAACCAAGUUCUUUUCCCUCAACCUUUACUCUGCCCUAAUGUCAAAUGAAAAGUGCAGUUAUGAAUUUAGAAUCCGUAAACAGAAUCCCAAAUCAAACUAAUUUCCAUUACAACCUUGCGACGUCAGGAAUUUACCACCAAAUAGUUGGUAAUCGUCCUGACGCCCGUAACUUAAUGCAUAUAUUUUUGUAAAACGGGAUGUACUUCAAAUCCAGUAUGAAAAAAAAUUCUUACUAAAUAAACUACUCUCAUAACUGCAAUCUUCAAAAAAAAGGAAAAUAAAAAAAUCUAAAAAAAAAAAGUACAUUAAGCGGUAGAUGCCUUGAACAAGUGAUAAUAUUCUCCAUAAUAAACAAGCACGUCCUAAAGCAUCAUUCAAAUAUAUCUCCAGAUAUCCGAGUUGAUAGGCCUGUAAUUUCCUUUUAAAACAAAAGCAGCAUGUCGCCGCUAACGUUAAACUAGUUUACAUUAUCUUACCUCAACUUUCUCUCUCGCUCUCUCUCCUAAAAUCAAAACACACUGAAACAUGCGUUCAGCCAAUAGAUUGUGCUCAUUAUGAUUAGUAUGAAUCUGAGGAUUAACGCAAAGAGAAUGUUCAAACAUGCAUUAGUGCCUUCAUUAACCAUAAGCCUUGCGUAUAUUUAAACUGAGGCGGAAUUAACACAAAAAAUAGUUUAUUGUUUCUCCCUCUUUCUCUUUAAAUUCCUCCUGGAAACAUGAUCUCUCGCCUAUCCAAGGAAGUCUCUUUUGCCCAGGCUCUCAUUUUCUUAAGUCUCUCUCUCUCUCUCUCUCUCUCUCUCUCUCUCUCUCUCUCUCUCUCUCUCUCGAGGGGGUGGUGACGAUGACCUCAGCAGCUGAAACACGAAUAAACCCCAGUAGCAAACCUUUGCAGAGAUAUAUAUAUAUAGUAACUACAUGGUACCAAUUAGUCCUUAAUUAGUGAUAGUGAUUACUUUAUACACAUAAUGGGAAUUGCCCAGAGCAACGCAGAGAAUCCGAAAUCAUCAAAUUAUUUCGUAAUUAAUGCUCACGCCACAGAUCUAAGCACUGGAUCUGAUUUUACUUGCAGAUCAAUCAACAGCUCUACGUUUGCUUACUUCAACCACACGCUAACCCAACUAACUUAUCAUAUGCUAGGGAUUCGACGCCAAAUACUAACAAUGCCUUCAUUAACGCUCCAACGAGCCUGGUAUCAUUCGAUCUUAGGUGAAUGUCUUUUGUCAUUCGGGUAUCAGUCAAAUCUGUUCCUUUUCUGACUGGCUACACUUUUCACAAAUCAUUUUCUGCCUUUGGGUAACACGUUGGUGUAAACGAAAUCGGUUAAAUACCCAAUGAAUCAAGCUUUCUUCCUAUAACCUAGAGUGUAAGAUAUGUAUAUAAAAUAGCAAAAUGUCGAUUUAAGAUUAACGAAUUUCAAGGAAAUUUAAUACUUCUGAUAUUUUUGUUUGUUCUUCCAUCUUUCUCUUUCUCCCUCUUUCUUGUUCAACAUUAUUCUGUGCAUCGUAAUAAUCAUAUCAAAUCUAUAAUCCUAUAAACAGAAACUGUCAAGACUGCCAGAUAUCACUAAACUAACCCAAUAAUCAAAUGUGUAAAUAUAUUAGAGGUCGAUGUAAUAGUUUUAUGAUGUUUAGAUGAUAAAGCACCCAAUCUCUCCCAAUUACUAGGUUCACGAACAUAGAGUUAAUAUUCUUUUAAAUUCUUGCAUUACAUAGGAGUAUCCAGCAGAGCUUCUCCUAAAACAACGCUAAAAAUGUGACAAUGGUGGAAUGUAACUAUUGGAAUUUUCUUAAACAUAUAUGUAGAUCUAUUAUAUAUAUAUAUAUAUAUAUAUAUAUAUA